CUCGGAGGAUGCUGAGCCCCAUGGCCGAGAUCAACAUUGAUGAUGAGCCGGGCGACGCGGCCAAGGCGAAGAACCGGCAGCGUCUGCGCGACUACCGGCGCCUGCAGAAGCGCCAGCACGCCUUCUUGACCCAGCGAGUGCGCGAGCUCGCGGCGGAGAUGGCGACGCUCCGCAGCGCCAAGCCGCUGCCAUGGCACGAGGUCGCCGCCGUCUUCCGCGACGACGCACACGACGCGCUUGCAACGCAACGGUCGCUGGCAGCGCAAAUCGACCAGUGUGGCCACGCAGCCAGGAUCCUCGAGGCGUGGGUCCGCGCCAGUGUCCCGGCAGCGCUGGCCUCGUUUCUGCCGCACCAGGCGCCGUGGACACAGCGCAGGCUUCUUGCGCCAGACGCGCUGCGUCUUCAGAGCCUAUCGUGGGUCACAGACCGCCUCCUGCACAACGCAGAUGCGGUGCUGGGGUCGUGUCGGCGCCAAGAGCAAAUGCGCGUGACGCUCCACGCCCUGAGCUACGACCAGACGUACGUCGUCAUCCAGAGCCAUCGCAUUGUUCCCGCGCCAUUCGUCGACGCGGUCGCUGCGCAGCGGCGCAUUUACUCGCACACGCCGGGAGGGAACUUCGUCGACCGCGAGCUUUUGCAAGCGUCGUUUGGCGGCGACAUUGUGCACGAGCAAGUGGGCGAUGUGCGGGUGUUGUACCGGCACUACGUCAGCGAGCGGCGCGCGACCAUGGUGGCGCUCAGCAUCACGCACGACGACGCCUCGCCUGACCAGGCGCUCAGCCAGGAGCCGUCGUACGGCUGGACCGAGCUGACGCCGGUGACGCAGACGACGACGCGCGUGCUCGACGUAUGGCUCUUCCUCCUCAACACGCCCGCUAGCGAGAGCGGCGAUAAUGACGCAUUGAGCCACCACGCGCGGUUUCUCCACGAGACUCGGGCGGCCUACGACGCCAACCUCGCCCACUGCAACGCCCUCUUCCUCCAAGAACUGCCCGUCGCCCACAUACACGAUGUAUAGGAUGCAAGUAGAAGGUUUACCUAAUUAAAUUUUGGCUUUCUUGGCCGGCGGCGCCAGCUCCUCGACGUCGUCCGCCAGCGCGGCCGGGAGCAGCUUUUGCAUCGAGACGA